GGAGGCUUCCCCAGAUAUAAAAGCCAGCACUGGAGUCAGGAGGCAGUGGAGGCUCCUGCAACCGGAGGAGGAGGAGGAGGAGGAUGAAGGCUCGUCUUCAGUUCAGACUGACGGAGCUGGAACUGGAAACUUUGUGAUGCAGAGCUGGUGCCGGAUCUUCAGGCUUCUGUGAAGACUUCCCGCCCUGCCGCCAGGAUGAGUGACAUCUAUGAGUCUGCGGCGAACUCUCUGGGCCUCUUCAGCAGUCCGUGUCUGACCAAGGUGGAGCUGAGGGUCACCUGCUGGGGCUUGAGCGACCGUGAUGCUCUGUCCAAGCCUGACCCCUGCAUCGCCCUCAACAUGCAGUCGCAUGGACAGUGGAUGGAGGUGGACCGGACCGAAGUGAUCCGCAGUUGCGUGAACCCGACCUUCUCCAAAGUCUUCACGCUGGACUUUUACUUUGAAGAGGUGCAACGACUGCGCUUCGAGCUGCUCGACUGCAAUAGCAGCCACAACGGACUCAAGGAGGACGACUUUCUGGGCUCAGUGGAGUGUACGCUGGGGCAGAUCAUCUCACAGCGGAAGUUGUCUAAAGCCCUGCUCAGACCAGGAGGCAGCGUUGGAAAGACCAUCAUCACAAUCUCGGCAGAGGAGCUGACAGGGAACGACGACUACAUCGAACUCUCCUUCAGCGCCAGGAAGCUGGAUGACAAGGAUUUCUUCAGCAAGUCAGACCCUUUUCUAGAAAUCCAUCGGGUCAAUGACGAUGCCACCAUGCAGCUAGUCUACAGGACCGAGACAGUGAUGAACAACCUGAACCCAGUCUGGAAAACAUUCAAGGUUUCUCUCAACUCUCUGUGUAGUGGAGAUCACGAACGCAAGCUGCAGUGCACCGUGUGGGACUGGGACUCCAAUGGGAAGCACGACUACAUCGGAGAAUUCGAGGCCUCCUUCAAAGAGAUGAGAGGAGCCAUCGAGGGUCGACAGGUGCAGUGGCCGUGCAUGAACCCCAAGUACAAAGUCAAGAAGAAGGGCUACAAGAACUCCGGCAUCGUCAUCCUCAGCCAAUGCAAGAUCAUCAAGAUGCACUCCUUCCUGGACUACAUCAUGGGCGGCUGUCAAAUCCAGUUCACGGUGGCCAUCGACUUCACGGCGUCCAACGGUGACCCUCGCAACAGCUGCUCGCUGCACUACAUCCACCCAUUCCAACCCAACGAGUACCUGAAGGCCCUGGUGGCUGUGGGAGAGAUCUGCCAGGACUACGACAGUGACAAAAUGUUCCCGGCAUUUGGCUUUGGAGCGCAGAUCCCUCCGGACUUCAAGGUCUCCCAUGACUUUGCUGUGAACUUCAAUGAGGAGAACCCUGAGUGUGCAGGUAUCCAGGGUCUGGUGGAGGCGUACCAGGCCUGCCUACCCAAACUGCAGCUCUACGGCCCUACCAACAUCGCUCCCAUCAUCCAGAAGGUCGCCCACUCCGCCUCGCAGGAGGUCCACACCAAAGAGGCCAUGCAAUACUUCAUCCUGCUGAUCCUGACGGACGGCGUCAUCACUGACAUGGCCGACACGCGCGAGGCCAUUGUCCAGGCCUCGCACCUGCCCAUGUCUGUCAUCAUCGUGGGCGUCGGGAACGCGGACUUCAGCGACAUGCAGAUGCUAGACGGCGAUGACGGGAUCCUGCGCUCGCCAAAGGGAGAGCCGGUCCUGCGAGACAUCGUCCAGUUUGUCCCGUUCAGAAACUUCAAACACGCAUCUCCGGCUGCUCUGGCCAAGAGCGUGCUCGCAGAAGUGCCCAACCAAGUGGUUGACUACUACAACAGCAGGGGCAUCAAGCCCAAAGUGCCCAGCGAGUUCCAGUCUUCCAGGCCGUUCGGCCCCUGAAAGGCGGCGCCGCCCUCUCAUGCGUUUACUGUCAAUAUGUUGUUUGUGAUAUGAGAAAGGUGCUACAUGCAGCAUUUUAGAGUCGUGUGUAGCAUCCUGGCUAGCACUAGCAUGUUUCUGUUUUGCUAUUAUGGUAGUGGGCGCUAGCUUGUUGGUAGAAUGUUAGUGAGGAACAUCUGCUCGACAGCCCCUGCUCACUCCAAGUCCAGGUCGUGGAGGUGAUGGUUGAAGAUGCCUCAUGAGCUUCUGGUACCCGGUGCAUGCCAUCUUGGUUUGACGUCAUGGCUCGGUGAGAAAAGGACCGACGUUUGAUGUCUCUCUCUUUAUUUUAGCAGCAAAAUGCUAACUGUAGCACCUUUAGCAUCUGCCGUGCAUGCGGGACCAGAGGAGCUCUCACCUGUGAGCUGGUUGUUCAGGAUGGAGACACAAGCACACUAACUAGCGCCGACCAGCAGCCUCACAUGCUACCGUGUGGACAGCAUGCUGGGCGGAAGGAAUGUUGGUUUUUAUGAGACUCUGUUGACAUUUGGUGAAAGCGCUUUGGGCGCCAGCGGCCUUCAGGGCGUCUGCAUCUUUACUGUUUCUUGGAACGGCAAAGCAGAUGCAUGAGCUGUUGUUUUGCAUGCUAACCUCCCUGCCGGCUAGUCGGCGACUAACGGUGGUACUUCGGUGAUGUUUACAUGUCCCCUGCGAUGGGACCUUCUACUCCGGUGCAUGUUCAUGUGUGCAAGUGUGUGAGUAGAUAUAAAAGCACAACCUCAGUGUUCCGACCGACGUAGAGUGUCAUGGUAGUCCAGUCCUUGUGCCGCAGCACCUGCUCCCUUCCAAACCUGCUGCUCAUGAGUCACUGUCAUUGAUGGGUCACAGGUCUCUGACUAGAGGGUCAGUCACUUGAGUCUUCAGUGUUAAAAUCAGGGAGAUAGAGGGGCAGGUGUUGGCCACAUGACUCAUGUGUUGUGUAAACAUGCAGUACUGUGAGCAAAAUGAUGGCACGUCUGUUGCGACAAUAAAGUUCUAUCUUUGAUCCAGAGUGACAU